CCCCUUUCCACUUCCGGCCGCACCUAUUAAUCCCCCGCUACGCGCCUCCGCUCCCACAUUAAGCCCAAACUCCUUCCCCCUCUCCUCUCCUGGGACUGACCGAUUCCCCCUCGAGACUCGAGCCAGCCGCCUUCUAUCCCAGCUAUCUCACUCACUGGUGCUCGUCCGGUUCGAUCGACAGAGAUGGGCAGGCAGCCGUGCUGCGAGAAGGUGGGCCUGAAGAAGGGCCCGUGGACGGCGGAGGAGGACCAGAAGCUCGUCGCCUUCCUCCUCUCCCACGGCCAUUGCUGCUGGAGGCUCGUCCCCAAGCUCGCAGGGCUGCUGAGGUGCGGGAAGAGCUGCCGCCUGAGGUGGACCAACUACCUGCGGCCCGACCUCAAGCGGGGCCUCCUCUCCGACGACGAGGAGAGGCUCGUCAUCGACCUCCACUCGCAGCUCGGCAACAGAUGGUCCAAGAUCGCGGCGCGGCUGCCGGGCAGGACGGACAACGAGAUCAAGAACCACUGGAACACCCACAUCAGGAAGAAGCUCAAGAAGAUGGGCCUCGACCCCGUCACGCACCAGCCCGUCGCCGCCCGCCCUCAGGACCCGCGGCGGCAGGACCCCCACUGCGACGGCAAGGCCUCGUCCCAGGAAUCGGCCGGCUCCGGCGCCGAGGAGGAGGCGCCGACGAGCGGAGAGCCGAAGCAGGGCGCCGCCUGCUCUGCCUCCGUGUCGCCGUCCCCCUGCUCCUCUUCGUCCGCCUCGGCCUCGGCCUCCGUCGCCACGCCCGGCGGCGCCGACGUCGACUGGCCCGACCCCCUCGACCUCUUCCAGGUCGACGCCAUCAUCGACAUGGACUGGGCCAGCAUCCUGUCCGGCAGCGGCGGCGGCGACAUUGGCGUCGAUCUCUUCGACCAGUGCUCCGACGUCGGCUUCGAUCAAGAGGUGUGGAUGUGAUCCUGACGCUAGCGUUUGAGGGUUAGAAUUAGAUUUGUGCCAGGAACACCGAAAACUCCUUUCACCUCUUUCUUCCUCUAGCUGUUUUUCUCUCACUCUCACUCUCACUCUCUACGUGCUCUGUUUUCUUUGGUAUCUUGGGAGAGAAUUUGUCCGUGUUCAUGUUCAUGUUCAUGUCCAUGCAUGCAUGCAUACUUGUUGAUAAGGAAUGAGAAAAAUGGCGAGUGUGGUUUGUGAGAA